AUGGCGGACUGGGAGGAGCGUGGCUUUGCCAGUUACCGUGAGUGUAUGCUUGCUGACAAGGCUAAGUAUGGUGUCUGUGGACAAACUAUGGCUGAUCGUCGUAGGCAGGAAGAGCGCUGCCUGAAUGCAGAAAGACUUGACAUGCUUGCUGCCAGAAAGGAAGCAGAAGAGAAGGAGUUCGAUGAGGAUGUUGAAGUUGUGGAGCCCAAUGCCAAUCUGGCAGGACGCUUCAAGCAAGCAGCUGCAACUCUCCCUGGCUUCUCGCAGCGUCCCAACUCCCAGAGGCAGUUCCAGGAGCAUCUUGCCCAAGAAAAGGCGGCUGCGGAAGCUCCCGGAAGGAAGAAAGAUGACCUCAAUCCAGCUCAGAGAGAGGCUCUUACUCAACUUGAAGAGCUCAUUUACAGUGAUGAUGAUGAGCUUGGUUUGGAUACACCCAAAACAGGGAUCGAGAUGUUGUACAUUGAAGAGAACAACGCCAAGUUCGUGUUGGUCGCUGCAUCCCAAGGGUUGAAGCAGCUGGAUGGACGUGUGAUGGCAGAUUUGGAAAAUGAUCCCAUCUACCGUGACAUGCCACCUGGUCUCAAGAGCCUUUACCACCCCCAGAUCAAGCACUUGAAGAAGGAAGUUGAACGUCGCAGCAUGCUGACCAAGCAGAAAGUCAGGAUGAAGUCGGCCAAUAAGACCUCGAUCAUGGGAUGGUUGAAGAUGAAUCCUGACCAGGACAAGUACAACGUAAGCUGGAUCCGUCAAGAGGAAACCAAGAUGUACCUGGAACUUAAGGCCGCCAAGGAAGAGAGUGAUGCACAGGAGAAAGAGAAGUUGAAGAACGCAAACUGGAGUGUCCCAGCACCAUUCUUGCGUCUGGCUUGCUGCUUGGUUCAUGAUAAAGUCAAGAGCGCACUUAUGAUGAAGGAUGCCACUCUUCUUCGUGAUGAAUUGGAUGCUCGAAACAACCAGGAACGUCCCAAACUGUGGAAUGAACUGGCAGCCGAAGUGUACAAUGACAACACUGUGGUCUUCUACACUGAAGCUCUUCCAGAGCUCCACAUGUUCUUCGCAGAGCCCAUUGAGCUUAAGUUCGAAGAAAUGCCUGGCGGAGCGGUCACCCCGGAAGAAGUCAAGACUCGCUGGGGCGAUUGCCGUGCCCGUUUGAUUGCUAUCAUCAUGGAUUGGGAACGAUCCGGAAACGGCUUUGGCCAGCGAGACCAGAAAGAUAAGAGCUGGGGUCACUUCUCGCCUGAUCAUUUGAACUUGGAAGCUGGUGAUAAUCGUGCCAGUUUCAUCAGGCCCGCACUUGGUCACCGCCUCUACCAUUUGUACCUUUGGCACUUGGCUGACAAGGAAGGAAUUCUCAUGCAUGUGUUGAAUGUGUUGGCGAAAGACGUGGGAGGUGACAGUGACAACAUUCCCGGUGGUACCUCCCAAGUGCAGCGUCGUCGCAAGCGAAUUGAUGAGGGCAAGGAAGAGACCAAGCGCCGCAACAACUUCAGGACUGCUGUGUCCUCCUCGCUCAAAGACAUUGCUGUCUCCAAUCGUCUUCUCGCUGUUGAUACGGCCAUCGCCAACAAGGAAGAAGGAAUUCGUCAUGAAGAAACCAAGGUUCACCAGUUCAACCUGGCCAAGCUCAGGGAACGCACUGAGGAAUUGCGUGAUUACUAUGGAACUCUCAUUGAUCACCACAAGGACCGUGUUGGAGACUUGUACGAUGAGUUGGCUGCCCUCAAGCAAGAGCGUGUUGCCUGCAUGACGGCGGCUCCUCCAGUUGAAGAAGAAGAGAACCAUGGCGAUGACGAGGAGUGA